GGCUGGCUGGCUGGCUGGGCCUUGAAUCUCCAUCGAGCGUUCGCAAUCUUCCCGAACUUAUCGAACCGAACGUUCUCGAUUCCGGUCCACUGCCCCCACCUCUAUCCCUCUCCCUCCUCUCAUAGGUAAGUCAUUUGCACUUACGAACUAGGGUUCCGCUCUCUCUCUCUCUCCCAUUUCAACAAACACCUCGCGAUCGGUGUUCACUCUCUCCCGCCUCUACCUUCACUGCAUACCAUGGGAAAAUCCAGCGCCAGGAAGAAGAAGAACGCCAACGCCAUCGCCAACGCCAACGCCAACGCCAACUCUAACAACACCGCCGACGCCGCGACAAAAACUACAACUAGUACUAGUGGUAGUGAUAACGAGACGGGCCAGAGGGCGGUGCCUCCUGCGGCGGCGGCGGCGGCGGCGGCGGCGGCGGCGAAUGGUGGUGCGGCGGCGAUGGAGGCGUCGGUGCUGGUGCGGCGGGCGCAGGAGCUGAAGGAGGAGGGGAACCGGCUGUUCCAGGCAAGGGACUACGAGGGGGCGCUGCGGCAGUACGAGCAGGCGCUGAAGCUGACGCCGCGGGGCCACCCGGACCGCGCGGUCUUCCACAGCAACCGCGCCGCCUGCCUGAUGCAGAUGCGGCCCGUCGACCACGAGGCCGUCGCCGCCGAGUGCUCCCUCGCCCUGCAGGCCCAGCCCCGCUUCCCCCGCGCCCUCCUCCGCCGCGCCCGCGCCCUCGAGGCCCUCCGCCGCUCCGACCUCGCCCUCCAGGACGUCCGCGCCCUCCUCGCCCUCGACCCCGACCACCGCGACGCCCUCGACUCCUCCGCCGCUCUCCCCCUCCCCCUCCCCCUCUCCCCCAGCCGCCCCCCCGCCGCCCUCGGCGCCUCCGCCCUCGGCGCUUCCGCCCCCGCCAUCGCCGGCCUCGGCCCCCCUCCCCGCCCGCCCAUCCCCAAGAAACCAACCCCCACCCCCAAGUCCCCUCCUCCCCCUCCUCCUCAAAAUGCUACUACAAAUAUUUCUCACAUGAAGUCCGAUCCGUUGCCGGCCAUCUCCAAGUCCGCAGCUGGCGCUUCGCUGCCGAACGGCCCGGCAGCGGUGAAAUUGAGCGCCGACAAGAAGCCGCCGCUGCCGUCGUCUUCGGCUGCGCGGCAGUGGCGGCGGCGGCCGCUUAAGCUUGUAUACGAUCACGAUAUACGGCUGUCCGAGAUGCCGGCGAAUUGUGGCUUCAGGGCGCUCAGGGAGGUCGUGGCGACGCGGUUCCCGUCGUCUAAGUCGGUGCUGAUUAAGUACCGGGAUGGCGACGGCGACCUUGUUACCAUUACCAGCACUGCAGAGCUGAGGCUGGCGGAGUCGUGCCUCGAUCAACUCGCUGCCUCGAAAGAGGGGAAGGAGGAUGGAGACGAGGCGAAGGAGAAGCUUCGGCUGCUGAGGCUUCAUAUUGUGGAGGUGAGCCCGGAGCAGGAGCCCCCAUUGCCGGAGGAAGAAGAAGAAGAACAACAACAACAACACGAAGAAGAUCAAGAACCAGCACAAGAGGAGGAGAAGCAGGACGAGGACGAUGGGUUGGUUAAGGGGGACGACAGCCUGUCCCAUUCUUCGGCGGCAGAGUCCUUGUCAGAAGCCGUGGAGAAUGGUGUCGGGAAGGCCGGUGCGGAUGGAAAGGCGGCAGAAGAGAAGUCCGCAUCCGGAAAGAAGGAAUGCGAUCAUCCAGAGUGUAAGGAGGUCGAGAUCGAUGAUUGGCUGUUCGAGUUUGCGCAGCUGUUCCGCAACCAGGUCGGUAUCGACCCGGAUGCCCACGUUGACUUGCAUGAGCUUGGAAUGGAGCUCUGCUCCGAGGCUCUUGAGGAGACCGUGACGAGCGAAGAGGCUCAAUCCCUUUUUGAGAUGGCGGCGUCCAAGUUCCAGGAGGUGGCCGCAUUGGCCUUCUUUAAUUGGGGCAACGUGCACAUGUGCGCUGCGAGGAAACGCAUCCCACUCGAUGACUCUUCCCCUAAGGAAGUCAUGGCGGCUCAACUCCGCACCGCUUAUGAUUGGGUGAGAGAGAAGUACUCUCUUGCGAGGGAAAAGUAUGAGGAGGCCCUCCGAAUCAAGCCGGACUUUUAUGAAGGAUUGCUUGCACUGGGGCAGCAGAAUUUUGAGACAGCAAAGCUGCAUUGGUCGUUCGCACUUGCCGACAAGGCCGAUUUGUCGUCGUGGGAUUAUUCGGAAACCAUAAAGCUUUUUGAUAGUGCGGAGGAGAAGAUGAAGGCGGCAACCGAGAUGUGGGAGAAAGUGGAAGAGCAGAGGGUGGCGGAGCUCAAGAACCCUGGGAUAAGCAAGAAGGAUGAGAUUCAGAAGAAAAGGAAGAAGCAAGGGGCUGCGGCUGCAGAUGGUCCGGAAGAGUUGACUGCUGAAGAGGCGGCGGAGCAGGCGGCGGCCAUGAGAUCACAGAUUCAUCUCUUCUGGGGUAACAUGCUUUUUGAGCGCUCGCAAGUGGAAUUCAAGCUCGGAGUUGGUGAUUGGAGGAAGAAUCUUGAUGCUGCGAUUGAGAGGUUCAAGCUAGCUGGAGCCUCAGAAGCAGACAUUUCUAUGGUUCUCAAGAACCAUUCAUCUAAUGCGGGUGUAGCAGAGCCAGAUGAAAAGAAAGCGGCGAGUGUUGAUUCCGAAAAAAUUUCAGAUGAUGAAGUUAAGCAUCUAGUUGAGAGCUGAAUUUGAUUUUAUUUUUCCACUUUGGACAGUGGAAGGGAUGUUCCUAGGGUGCGAUCGACCUGCUAAGUGUGGACGAAUGAACUUCCAAUCUAAAGUCCUGCAAUUCUGAGAGCCCUUGCUAGGUUUCUGGUGCUGCACCAUAGAUUUUUGUGCUUUAGACCUGUGCUCUCCUUUUUCAGAAGCACUUUGCUGAUUUAUUAGCCCAGGUGUGUAUUUCCUAAACCUUUCAUUGGGCAAGUAUGAAAUGAUAACUGAGAUGAACUUAUAUCAGUAUGCUGAUGUAUUUUACAAUCUCUAGUCUUAAUGUAUGCUUUGCCAAUUUUCUCUAAA